GGCGCCGCGCGGCUCGUCGACCACCGGGUCCUCAGCGCCCGGCCGCCGCAGGAAGCCCCUUGAGUGUUGUCAGGAUGGAGCAGCCAAAGGGGGUUGAUUGGACGGUCAUCAUACUGACAUGCCAGUACAAGAACAGUGUCCAGGCCUUUCAGAGAGAGCUGGAGAUACGGCAGAAACGUGAGCAGAUCUCAGCGGGGACACUGUUACUGGCUGUGGAGGAUCCUGAGACUCACGUGGGAAGUGGAGGAGCCACCCUCAAUGCGCUGCUGGUGGCGGCUGAGCACCUGAGUGCGCGUGCAGGCUUCACUGUGGUCACAUCUGAUGUCCUGCAUUCAGCCUGGAUCCUCAUACUGCACAUGGGCCGUGACUUUCCCUUUGAUGACUGUGGUCGAGCGUUUACCUGCCUCCCGGUGGAGAAUCCACAGGCCCCUGUGGAGGCCUUAGUCUGCAACCUGGACUGCUUGUUGGACAUCAUGACCUAUCGGCUGGGCCCAGGUUCCCCACCAGGAGUGUGGGUCUGCAGCACCGACAUGCUUUUGUCUGUUCCUCCAAACCCUGGGAUCACCUGGGAUGGCUUCCGGGGAGUCAGAGUAAUCGCCCUUCCUGGGAGCCUGAGCUACGCUCUGAAUCAUGGUGUCUACCUCACUGACUCUCAGGGCCUUGUUUUGGAUAUUUACUACCAGGGCACUGAGGCAGAGAUACAGCGGUGUCUCAGGACUGAUGGGCGGGUGCCAUUGGUCUCUGGGGUCGUCUUCUUCUCUGUGGAGACUGCUGAGCACCUCUUGGCCACCCAUGCAAGCCCACCUCUGGAUGCCUGCACCUACAUGGGCUUGGAUUCUGGAGCCCGGCCUGUCCAGCUGUCUCUGUUUUUCGACAUCCUGCUCUGCAUGGCUCGGAAUGUGAGCAGGGAGGACUUCCUGGCUGGGCGGCCCCCAGAGAUGGGGCAAGUUGACAGCGACAUAGCAGGUUACCUACGGGGUGCCCGGGUCCAGCUGUGGAAGGAACUUCGCAAUCAGCCCCUCACCAUGGUGUACGUCCCUGAUGGAAACUACCGCUACUUGGCCUCUUCUGCCAGUGAGUUCCUGCAUAGCCUCACACUGCCUGGGGCCUCUAGGGCCCAGAUUGUUCACUCCCAGGUGGAGGAGCCACAGCUCCUGGAGGCUGGAUCCUCGGUGGUCAGCUGCUUACUGGAGGGCCCCGUGCAUGUGGGGCCAGGGAGCGUCCUGCAGCACUGCCACCUGCAGGGCCCUAUUCACAUUGGUGCUGGCUGCUUCUUGAGUGGCCUGAGCACAGCACAGUCUGAGGCGCUGCGUGGCCUGGAGCUUUGUGACCUUGUCCUGCAGGGACACCAUCUACAGCUACAUGGCUCCCUGGGUCAUGCCUUCACCCUUGUUGGCCGUCAGGACAGCUGGAAAAGACAGGGAACAGGCACAUACCUCAACAUGUCCUGGAGUGAAUUCUUCAAGAAGACAGGCAUUCGAGACUGGGAUCUAUGGGAUCCAGACACGCCUUCUUCAGAGCAAUGCCUUCUCAAUGCCCGCCUCUUUCCUGUGCUCCAUCCCUUGAGGGCUCUGGGGCCCCGGGACAUGUUGUGGAUGCUGCACCCUCAGAAAGAUGGGGGUGAGGCCCUGCGGGUCUGGAGAGCCUCCUGGCGCCUAUCCUGGGAGCAGCUGCAGCCUUGCCUGGACCGGACAGCCACACUGGAUGCCCGUCGGGACCUGUUUUACCACCAGGCCCUAAAAAAGGCACAGCAUGUGCUGGAGGCCCGUCAGGACUUAUGUCUGCGCCCACUGAUUUGGACUGCUGUCCGAGAGGGCCAUCCUGGGCCCCUGCUGGCCAUGCUGGACAGAGUUGCAGCUGAGGCAGGAGACCCUGGCAUUGCAGCCCGGGCUCUAGCCUGUGUGGCAGAUGUGCUGGGCUGCAUGGCAGAAGGCCAGGGAGGCUUGCGUAGUGGGCCAGCUGCCAACCCCGAGUGGAUGCGGCCCUUCUCAUUCUUGGAGUGUGGAGACCUGGUUGGGGGCGUGGAGGCACUUGCCCAGGAGAGGGACAAAUGGCUGAGUAGGCCAGCCUUGCUGGUGCGAGCUGCCCGCCACUAUGAGGGGGCUGGGCAGAUCCUGAUCCGCCAAGCUGUUAUGACAGCUCAGCACUUUGUCUCCACGGAGCCAGUGGAGCUGCCAGCACCAAGGCAGUGGGUGGUGGCUGAGUGCCCAGCCCGUGUGGAUUUCUCUGGGGGCUGGAGUGACACACCACCCAUUGCCUAUGAGUUUGGUGGGGCAGUGCUGGGCCUGGCUGUACAAGUGGAUGGACGCCGGCCCAUCGGGGCCAAGGCACGCCGCAUUCUGGAGCCUGAGCUACGACUGGCGGUGGGGCCUCUGCAGGAUGAGAUGACCAUGAAGAUAGUGUGCCAGAGCCUGGAUGACCUGCAGGAUUACUGCCAGCCUCAUGCCCCAGGGGCUCUGUUGAAGGCAGCCUUUAUCUGUGCGGGGAUCGUGCACGUCCACUCAGAGGUCCCUCUGCGUGAACAACUGCUACACACCUUUAGAGGUGGCUUUGAGCUUCACACUUGGUCAGAGCUGCCCCACGGUUCUGGUCUUGGCACCAGCAGCAUCCUGGCAGGUGCUGCCCUGGCUGCUCUACAGCGAGCUGCAGGCCGGAAAGUGGGCACAGAGGCCCUGAUCCACGCAGUACUGCACCUGGAGCAGGUACUCACCACAGGAGGUGGCUGGCAGGACCAAGUGAGUGGCCUAAUGCCUGGCAUCAAGGUGGGGCGCUCUCGGGCCCAGCUGCCCCUGAAGGUAGAGGUGGAAGAGAUCACUGUGCCUGAGGACUUUGUUCAGAAGCUCAAUGACCAUCUGCUUUUGGUGUACACUGGCAAGACUCGCCUGGCCAGGAAUCUGCUGCAGGAUGUGCUAAGGAACUGGUAUGCCAGGCUGCCAGCUGUGGUACAGAAUGCCCACAGCCUGGUGCGACAAACUGAGGAAUGUGCUGAAGCCUUCCGCCAAGGAAGCCUGCCUCUGCUGGGCCAGUACUUGACUUCAUAUUGGGAGCAGAAGAAGCUCAUGGCUCCAGGCUGUGAGCCCUUGGCUGUGCAGCGAAUGAUGGAUGUCUUGGCUCCCUAUGUGCAUGGCCAGAGCCUUGCAGGGGCAGGUGGUGGAGGCUUUCUCUAUCUCUUGACCAAGGAGCCACGGCAAAAGGAGGCUCUGGAGGCUGUGCUGGCCAAGGCUGAGGGCCUUGGCAACUACAGUGUUCACCUGGUGGAAGUGGACACUCAGGGACUGAGUCUGCAGCUUCUGGGAAGUGAGCUCUCCACUUGACACCCAUCCUCUCCAAAAUGGGCAACACCUACUGUGCUUCCCUUAGGUCUUCUCCACCAGUUGCUUUCAGCCUGCUGCAACUCCUUACCCAUCUCAGUGAGGCAGUAUGUGGGGACAAAACUGUACCUCAUGGUUAGUAGCAGCUGAGACUUUGCUUCUGUUCCAUCUGGACUGAGGAAGACCCUAAACUCACUGACCCAUGUGGUCUUCACAAACCCUAUACCCUGGGGUAGGCCUACCAAAGCCCUGGAAAGGGAUAAUAACCAGCGUUUUCAGAUGGCUGAGGGUCCCUUGGUAAGGUCAAUCUAGAGAUGCCCUUUGAAACACCAUGGUCAACUUGCUCCUCAGUCCCCUUGGCAGAGUACAGGGAGGAUGGGGUUCCUUUUUCAGGUCUAGCAGUGAGCCAGUGCAAUCUUGCAUUAAGUCCCUGCCAACUCAGACCUUCUCCAGCAACACCACAGACAGUGCCAGGUGACCCUGUGGGCAAUCAGUUCACAAGGCUGAUAUUCUUGGAAUAAAAAAUUCACUCCA